GUCCUACAGAAUUGCAUCCUUUUCUUACAUCAUUUUAUGUGUUAACAGGAAAGCAGUCUCAACUAUGAUGCUGGGGCCAUCCUACAACCACACAAUGGAAACCCCUGCCACCUUCUUCCUUGUGGGUAUCCCAGGUCUGCAGUCUUCACAUCUUUGGCUGGCUAUCUCACUGAGUGUCAUGUAUACCAUAGGCCUGUUUGGAAAUACCCUCAUAAUGACCAUUAUCUGGAUGGAUUCUACUUUACAAGAGCCCAUGUACAGCUUCCUGUGUGUUCUGGCUACCGUGGACAUUGUUAUGGCCUUUUCUGUAGUGCCCAAGACGGUGAGCAUCUUCUCCUCAGGAGACAACUCCAUCAGCUUUAACGCUUGUUUCACUCAGAUGUAUUUUGUUCAUGUAGCCACAGCUGUGGAGACAGGGUUGCUGCUGGCCAUGGCUUUUGACCGCUAUGUAGCCAUCUGUAAGCCCCUACAUUACAGGAGAAUUCUCACACCUCAAGUGAUGCUGGGAAUGAGUGUGGCCAUCAUCAUCAGAGCUGUCAUAUUCAUGACUCCGUUGAGUUGGAUGGUGAGUCAUCUACCUUUCUGUGGCUCCAAUGUGGUUCUCCAUUCCUACUGUGAGCAUAUGGCUGUGGCCAAGUUGGCAUGUUCUGACCCCAUGCCCAGUUGUCUCUAUAGUCUGAUUGGUUCCUCUAUUAUUGUGGGCUCUGAUGUGGUCUUCAUUGCUGCCUCCUAUAACCAGAUUAUUUGGAUAGUAUUUGGUCUUUCCUCAAGUAAUGCUAGGUUGAAAGCAUUAAGCACAUGUAGCUCCCAUGUGGGAGUUAUGGCUCUGUACUACCUACCUGGGAUGGCAUCCAUCUAUGUUGCCUGGCUAGGGGAGAACAUAGUGCCUUUGCACACCCAAGUGCUGUUAGCUGACUUGUACCUGGUCAUCCCCUCCACCUUAAACCCCAUCGUCUAUGGCCUGAGGACCAAACAAAUAAGAAAGCUUUCAUGGAGCUUGCUGAUGCACUGCCUCUUUGACCACUUCAACCUGGGUUCAAGAACACAAAAUCUGUUCAGACGUUGA